UUUUUUUUUCAGAGCUGGGGACCGAACCCAGGGCCUUGCGCUUCCUAGGUAAGCGCUCUACCACUGAGCUAAAUCCCCAGCCCCUGACAAAGAGUUUCAAAGGGCUUGUCUCCAUACUGCCCUUCGGUUCUGUCAUGGAAAUACAGCUUCACACGAGAGGGUCAGUGGUGUCUCUUGGAGACUUUCAGCAGGAGUUGAGUUUCCUUCCUCCUUUGCGGUUCCUAUGAGGACCACCCCUUUCUUUUACCUGGCAUGUCCUAGAGCAGUGCUUCUCAACCUUCCUGAUGCCGCAACCCUUUUAAUACAGUUCCUCAUGUUGUGGUGCCCCUCCUCCCCGCAGCCAUAAAAUUAUUUUCAUUGCUACUUUGUAACUGUAAUUUUGCUACUGUUACGGAUCAUGAUGUAAAUAUCUGUGCUUUCCUGUAGUCUUAGGCAACCCCUCUGAGAGGGUCUUAGCCCACAGGUUGAGAACCACUAUCCUAGACCUGGUACAGAGACAGCCUUGAUUAUGCAGAAUGGGUGGGGAUGGGGAGGGGCAAAGCGUGUGGCCCAGGAUCCUAAAGUGUGCCCUGUGUCCCUGCUACCUGAAGAGGCACCCAGGAGAAAGGGGAUGUAUGUGAGUCUCAGUUCUGGAGAAUGGCACGAAUCUUGGCUCCCCACCUCCCUGCUCUUGCCAGAUGACCAGCGUGGCUUUCUGAGCACCUGCUGGUACUGCUACUAUGGAAUGUCGCUGAAUAUAGAGGACAGAGCAGGGGUGCUACAGCAGGCCGUAUGUGAGAGACUUCCCCAGGCCAAGCCUGCCUAUCUGGCUGAGGCAUUGCAGAGGCUUGGAACUCUUGUUAAUUCCCCUUUCCCUUUAAGGCAAGACAAGUCAGCCUGUCCUUGUUGUGGGCGGGGCAGCAGAGGGUGGAGCCUGGCCCCUGGCCAAGGGUCUUUGAAUACUUGGCUCUAGGUAAAAAUGGGGUAGCUUCUGGAUUUUAGUGCCUUGCUUUAGUGUUGGGGGAGACUGGGAUCCCCCAGUAGGUGAGGAAACUGCCUUCAUAUCUCCUGUCAGGCAGUUAAUGUUUGGCUUGGGCUACAAUGCAUUGCAUGGUGUUAUCUUCCUCUGUCUGGAUCACCCUUGGAAUGGAUGGCUCACAUGACAGGGGUCUGGGCCUGCUUAGAACCCCCUGGGUGAGAGCCUCCACAUCACAAGUCAUGUCCGUCAUGGGAACACUGAUUGACUGCCUGACACCAUUCAGGAGAUGGCAGAUGCCUGACUGGGGGGUGGGGCACAGGCUUGCUGUAUGGAACCAUGGGAGAACCCACCCAGAGGCCCCUGUGUGGUAUCCUGGGUGGAGGAGAUAGUGGGGCAGCAGGGAUUCUGUAGAUACCCAGAUCAGGGCCUAGGCUAGGAGAGGGGAGCCAGAGUCUUCGUCCUGGGUCAGGAUGGGAUCCCUGUUCGUCAUAUGCAGAGGACCCCAUUGGAGUAUAGGCUAUAGAGCUCUUAGCUUUGGACUUAGGAGGGAGUCUUGUUUAUCCACUUCUCUACAUCUCCUGUGUUUCCAACUGCUGGGGAAAGCUCCUGAAUUCUGGAUGACUUGGUGUAGGGAGGGUCUGUAGGGACUUUGUUUUUCUCCUGGGGUAGAUUAACCUCCAAAAGCUUUGGUCUGUUUACUCAGGGGCCCACUAAGUGACUGCUUCCUUUUUGCACCCUCAGUGGUGGGCCCAGUGUGGUCUCCACAGUGGUACACUGCUUGAAGUCUCUUUCCAGGGUUCUCUGCCAAGAGGCGAGCGGAAUCAACACAGUCACAGACCUGUAGUAGUUUAGAGGACACUGGGUUCCCUUUAGUGACUCUGUGUUGAAAGGGUUUGACAGGGAGAGCAGUAUGUGCUCAUUCCACAUCAAGGACAGGGAGAUGGCCCACCUUCUCAACUGUAGACAUGCCAAGCUGGAACUUGAAUUGUUUUUUCUUUUUAUGGGGGUGGGAUGGUAUUUGAAAAUAUUUCCCCCUGUCAUCUAUCCUCUGACUGUACUUUAUUCCUACCAAAGGAGUGCUUUACAGUGGUAACAGAGGAAGCAGAGCACCCCCACAAUCCUUCUGUUCUUAUCAUUUCUCCCUGCUUUCAGGGGAGUUAGGGUCCCAGAGUCUCUGUGCCUCUGUCUGCUACAGAAGUUCUGAUGUGUGCCGCUCUUGCAGGGCAGGAACUUCUCCCUGGCGGGGCCCUGUGCCAGUCAUGAGUCCAUACACCUUGGAGAGGUACUCAGUCCUUGGUUCUUAGCUUGGAGACUGGCUGGACCCUAGCAGAAUGGUAUGAAGCCUAAACCUUGUUUGCUAGAGACAGAGGAGACAUGGGGUCAGGGUCCUCCAGUCACUAAGUGGGCCCUGCUGCUGCUGUGUUUCGGGCAACAACGGCCUUCUAGAAGAGCUCCAUGUUCCAACCUCAGGCUCCAGCCAGGUGCACUGUGUCCUCAGCUGCCAGUGCAGGGAUCAGGUAUCACCCAAGAGGUCAUCUUGUGUGCCUUAUGCCUUGGAAGACAGCUCAAGACUUUUCCAAGGGUUCUGUCUGCCUUCAUGGGAUCUAAGUGAGGUGCAAGGCCCAGGCCCAGGGCCUGGAGAGCCCUAGGAUCAUGCUGUGAUAACCUUGUGUAGGAAGCCUGGCUGCUACCUUACCCGCUCUCAUCCCUGGCCCUGUGGUGUGGGGGCAGGCGGCAGUGAGCCAUAGUCCCAGCAGGCAGUGGUGCUUGUAGGGAGAGGACACUCUGAGACAGCAUGGCCUGAUUCGGCUGGCAGUCACCUGGCCUUCUUCCUGUCUCCUUUUUGUUUUUUAAUCCCCCGAGUGCCUAAUUUUGUUCAAAGAGCCAUGAUUGACAACUGGUCUGUGUUAGCGCGGAGCUCACCUCCUUCUUUCAUGCAGCCUGACCGCAGUCUUGUCUUGUUUGGUGAGAAAGGUUGGCUCUGGCUGCCUGAAUGGCCUCUGGGUAUGGCUUUCCCAUCAGGUGUAGAAAUGUGGGCACCCGCCCUUGGGCCCCUCCCUCCAUCCCCACACUUGAGUGGUGACAUGAGGUGUGUGUGGUGAGCUGUGUGGUCAGAUAUGGUGAGUAGCAGUUUAAGCUGUGGUUACCAUUGCUGGGAUGUGAGGAGUCCAGGCACCCCUAGAGGCAGGUGCCUCUACAGAUGCGUAUAAAGAUGAGGGAUGUUCUCAGAGACCUGGGCCUUUGGAGGUGCCCAACUGAGUCUGAUUCAAGGCCAGGUCUUCAUGUGACGAAGGUGUGGCAGCUCUGUCUGUCUUCUCAGUCUCUGCUGAAGACCCAUCUCACAUGUAAGGGUAAAAUGGUGCAUGUAGUUUAUAUGACCUUCUGUCCUUAACCUGAUGUUUCUACAGCUCUGGGUACCCAGAUACCUGUGAGGCAACUGGAUCCUCCUCCAUGGUGCCGGCCUGGAACUUUCCCUGAGGAUAGCCACAUCUCUCUCCAUGUUCUAUCUGCAUGGGUCCUACUGGGGCAUGGGCAUGCUAAACAUGGAGAGUGGCCAGGUCAUAAGACUGAGGCCCAGGCAACCUAAAGGUAGUUACUGGGAUAGCAGACAGGCCAUACGGUGACUCGCAGAGAGGCACCGAAGGCUGGAGGAGUUCAAGGUGAUAUCUGAUUGGCUGGGUACUGAACUGGGAUAAAGUCUAGGUAGGGUAUGCUGCCUGGGAGGAUCAGGCUGCUGAUUGCAGGGUCAAGAGACAUCUGAGGUCAGGGUGGCUUCUAAGCACUUGGUCACCUGAGGAUUGGGCAGACUUUGAGACUCCAUGUUUCUAGAGUGACCGUGCUCAUUGGUUAGGUGGCCCUUUGUUGAGCCUGGCUCUUGAUUCCAGGCCUGGGAGCACCACGACAAACAGAUCAGAUCAUGAUCCCAGGAGACAUGGAGAAGUAUCAGCAGAUCAGAGAAUGCUGUGGUGGGAAGACUUGGGUGCUUAGGAGCCUUGUGAGAGAGGGACUGGCAUCAUUUGGAUUGGACAAAGGCCCUGUCCAAGCUGUGUAAAGGCCCUGAGGUUGGAGUUAGAACAGCAGGUAGGAGUCCUUGUAUGGAUGGUGAGGCAACUUGGUGGGCCUCAGGCACAGUCUGGGGGUGUGACCAGAACUUUUGUCUGGGGUGUUCUGAGCAGAGGAGAGGGCAAGAGUGCAUGGCAGGGAGCCAGCGAGGGGAGCAGGGUAGGGAGGAGGCUCAACUCUGGUGGACCCUACUGUGUUAAGAGAGUGUAGGAUUUGAAGGUGGAGAAGGUGGGUGUGGGCAGGGACUUGGGCCAGCAGGACACAGGACAGAGUUUUGCCUUUAGGAGCUUCAGGUGUAGAGGCGGCCAUGGAGCAUGAAGUGGGUGGGGCUGGAGGUGUGUGCCUGAGUUCCAGUAGAAGCCAGGCCAGAGGAGAGGUUCCUGGAGCCCCAGUCUUGCCUACUGGCUUUCCCUGGGUCAGGUGUGAGUUCUGUCCACCGAGUCAUGCAGGUGAGGGCAAGGGUGUCCUCGCUUCAGGUGCUAAGUUACAAUAAGGAAGCUCCCCAGCUUCUGUCGUCUGUCUCAUCUCCUCCAUUUUGCUAGCUGGCUAUCCAAGGCAAGUUCACAGUCUGGGCAGGGCUGGCCCUCAGUGCGAGGCUGUGUUGGGCUUGUUCAGAACUUGGCUGUUCGUCUUCCAGAAAGCUCAGUUUUUACUCGUGGCUCUUUUGUGCCCCGUGGGUGUCUCUUAGGGCUUGUGGCUUAGACCUGGCUUUGGGCCGAGGCUGCAAGGUGUCCAGUGUGAGUGCUUGGGGCCCAGGUUACUGCAGUAAUGGAGGAGAACUUGACCUGGUCCAGUGGAGGUUUUAGGCUACGCGUCUGGUCUCCUUUGUGGUCUACUCUGGACCAGCGGCUGUGUGUGGUGAAACCCUGUCGUCUUUUUGGCAGAGCUGAUAUGGAUGCUUCAGCAAGUGCUACACUGAGUAGUGGUAGGAAGGAGAUUUGAGGACAGAGAGCCAGGUCAGGUAUGUCAUCAAAGAUUCUGGCCCUAUGCACAUGGCUAGUUUGUGUGUGUGUGUGUGUGUGUGUGUGUGUGUGUGUGUGUGUGUGUGUAUGUGUUCUGGCCAGUGGGUACCUUAGAGUUUUUUACCUUGGGAUAGGGGGAUGGUGCUGUCCCUCAGAGCACAUGGAUGGACCUGCAGUGGUCCUCUUCCUGCCUGCACUUGCUGCGGAGAGCGGAGAGCAAGUUGAUCCUCGCAGGGCUGAGCCUGGGGCUCUGGGCUGCACCAGCCUCGCAUCCAAGUUGCAGAUAAGGGUCAGGGUGUGAAACACAGCAGCUGGAGCUUCGGAAGGCAAGUCAGGGCCUGGAGAUGCCGCUAAUACCCCAGGGUGAAGACUUCUGCCCAGUAGGUGGGGUGGCAGGUCGGCGGGUGGAGGAUAGCUGCAGAUUUACCCCCUCUCCAGCGUUUUGAAGUCCAGUUUUGUUCCUGUUUCCCAGAGUAUUGGAUUACUUCUUCCAAGCCAGCUUUCAUUAAAUAUAUAUCAGGGCUAUGGAAAAGAAUAAAAGAGAACUGAUGGAGAUAGCGUGGUGUUAGCAGAAGGGGAGACAGAUGAAGAGAAUGGAAGAGAGGGCCUGGAAGAAGACGCACACAAAGAGAGAUGGCCGCUUUAAUAAAGGAGCGUUCAGCGGAGUCGCGUGAGGCCUUUCAACAAAUGCUGCUGGGACAGGUGACCUUCCAAUCCAGGCACGCAGCUCACGGCAGCGCUUGCUGACUGAGCGAGGCGCCAGGAUCCAUCUUAGGGCCACGAAAAAGACACAACACACACAGUCAAGAAAGGGCACACACACUUCAGACCCGCGGUGAAGCACACAGGACCCAGAGUGCAAGUGCGUGCCCUCCUGACGAAUCAGCCUGGAAAGGAUCACGUCUAAGUCUAGAGUGCUUAGAAGCCAGGUGAAGACCAAGGGGACCUUGGUUUUGGCAAUAACUUUUUACAUGCACCUCCUAAGGCACAGCCCAUGCCAAGUAACUGGUAAGCCGAGCUUCAUUAAAAUUAAAAUCCUGUCUGUGAAAGACGCGGUCAAGAGGAUGAGGUGACCGUCCACAGACUGGAAGGAAAUAUUGACAAAUACCUCUGAUGAAGGAAUCCAAAACACACAAAGAAAUUUUCAGCAGUGAGAAAACGAGACUAAAAAAAAAAAAAAAUACUGACAUUCAUAAAGUAGGCUAAAGGCCUAAAUGGAUACCUUGCCUGUCGGGAUGUUUGUCUGGCCCAUAAGCAUGAGAAGAAGCAUUCGUUACAGUGUUGCCAGGGAGAUGCAAACUGAAGCCCCAGGGAGAGCACACUGAACACCCACUAGAAUGGCCAAAGCCAGAGCAGCUCACAAUACCAUAUGCUCAUGAGGACAUGGAGCAACUGGAGAGCUCCCUUAUCACAAUGGGGAGUGGCGUGUGGCCCCCGGCAGUCUUCCUCCUUAGUAUUUACCCUAUCACGAACCAUCAGAAGUUACACACCCACGCUAAGGACCUGUGCGUGAAUGUUGGUUUAGCAGCCUCAUUUGUACGUGUUGAAACGGAGAGGCACCGAAGCUACCCUUCUGUAGGUGAGUGGAUUCUGUGGCACGUCCAGAGAAUGCAGUACUCAGCACUAAAAAGAGCAGAGCUGUCAAGCCGUGAAUGACAGGGAAGGAUCUUAAAUGCAGUGCGUAAUGGAGAAACUGACCUAUGAUGAACACGCCACUCCGGGGCAGAUGGGGCUGUGCUAAAUGAACUGACAGCUGCUUUAAAGGGCAAAACCAGGGCUGGCAAGAUGGCUCGGCAAGUUAAGGUAUCCAAAUGCAGAGAGAAAGAAGACUGACCCCUGACCUCUGACCUCUCAGUAAAUAAAUAUAAUUAAAAAAAAAUAAAUAAGUUCAACAACAAAAAAAGAGGAGCAAAGCCAUGGAGGUAAAAUAAAGAUAAAGCAGGAAUGGGUUGCAGCGGCAGACAGCCCAGGCUUUGGUUUUACAGACCUGGACAUAUCAGCUAGGAUGACCAUGGGCACGGGAAGGGAAGGGAAGGGGCUUAGGUUUCAUGAGAACUUCUUUGGGUGCUUAGUCACAUGGUAAGGCCAUCCCUGUGAAUGUCAGUGAUGGCUACAGGUGGCUUUCCCUCAUCUGAGGACACAGGCAUAUGGCCGAAGGAACUGUCAGCCUGGACUGUCGUGUCCAGAGAACCAUGAUAUGUCUACUUUGUCUCGUUCCUUAUAAGUGUGCACAGCUGUGGACAUUUUCCAGCACAGGGAACUCCAUCCUUCUGAAACCCUGAAUGUCUCCAUUAAACAGAGAUUAUGAAGAGCCUCACUCCAUCCAAAAGUUCCCAGAAAUAAAAAGCCAUCUACUACUCAUCAAAUACAGCUGCCCGGUUGUGUUUUACCCUCCAGUGUCCUGCACACACACAGGGUGCGGCGGCUGUUAAGGCUCUCCCAACUUGUAGUUUCAGGGGGUUGUGCCAUACUGUGGUCCUGCCUUGCUCAGGGAUGCUGUCCUGGUCCUGGGGAGAUGUUUCCAGAGAGUGUAGCUCAGCUCUGCUCUGGGGAAGUAGAGAAGGGUAUGCUGGCCCUUGGACCAGCAGGGCAGCCUUGAGUCAUGGAAUUCCUCAAGUAGCUGUGGCCAUCACCCUGAUGUUUAAGGGCCAGAUAUGAUGUUAUGAUAUUAUGGCCAGGAACACUGUCCCCACCUGAGGGUGAAGGGGAUCAGUGAGAGCCUCGGUGGUGUCUAGAGCCCUGGAGAUUUUGCUCAGCGUGGCUCCCAGAUUUUUCUCAGUGGGGAGCUCCUGGCCAGGCCUCAGUUUUACAGACCUGGACAUAACAGCUAGGAUGAACAUGGUCACAGGGCAGGGAGGAAAGGGUUUGGGUUUGAUGAGAACUUCCCUGGGUGUUAAGACACGUAUGAACCCAUCAGUCACGAAAAGUCUACUUUCAGAGAUGAGAAAGGCUCGUCUGGAAGGAUCCCACGAAUGAUCAGUUGGCAGAGCGGUGUCGAAUGGCAUGGACCACGGUGUCUCUGUUGCUUGCGUGCCUUGUGUGUGUUCAAAGUGUGGCUACCAAAAGAGGCCCGGGAAAUGCUGGGUCAACCAGGCAUUGCUAUCGUAGAACUUCUCGGAGUCUUUAAAAUGCCAACUGCGUUGUGAAGUGCUAGGGCGUUAUGGGAGACUGGGGCAUGACCCUGUCUUUCCACUCUCUGUGGGGCAUCUGGUGGCCAGGGUGGGGAGGGACACACUGGUGGAAGGUGGCUGGCGUUGGGGGUGUUCUCGUGAUAUUUUCCUGAAUCUCUGCAAGUGUGGGUUGUCCUGCAUAAGUCAGCGGUGCUGUGGACGGCACGCGAAACUGUCUGUGGAAAGCUGGUCUCCACCCUGUGAGCCCUACCCAUCUCAGGCCUGGGAGGGCCACCUCCCUUCACUGUCCUUGCCUUUCUCUUGGUGUGUAUGCUUGUGAAUGACUUGUGAAGACUUUCAACCGUGAGGCAGCUGGGGUGAGCCAUGCCCAGGAUCUGAAAUCUAGAGAUAGCCAAUUAAGAACCCCAGAGGCAACUGACCAGAAGCAGCUUUUCAGUACUGGUAGGGGCAUAGAUACUUUUUUCUUUCUCUUUAGCUCUCCUCAUCCACGUUGACAUCUGACCCUAUUCCUAUCUGUUGUCUCACAGCCGGGAAGGGCUGCCACAGCUCCAGGCAGUAUAAUCAGACUUGAAGGCAGGAAGCAAAUGCAUAGUUAGGUAGACAGGAGCCUAGCAGCCUUUAAAAGCUAAUCUGUAUUUUAAUUCUUGUUUUUUGUUUUUUUGGUUUUUUUUUUUUUUGGUUUUUUUUUUUCCAAGACGUGUUCUCACCAUGUAGCUCUGAGUGUCCUAGAACUCACUCUGUAGACUCAGAGAUUCACCUACUUCUGCCUCCCAAGUACUGUGAUUAGAAGCCUGUGCUGCUCAGCUUGUAUUUCAGUUCAUAAAGGAAAAUGUUUAUAGGUAUCUUCUUUGAUCUUUCUGGCUGUAAGAUGAUCUGUGGCCCCUCAUUGAUGCAGGGAUGUCUGGGAAAGGCUUGAUUCACAUAACUUUUUGAUCUAUUACCUGGGGCUGAGUACCCUGGAUGUCCAAGGUGGGAGAGCAGACAGUGGAGUAAUUUCUUCCUCCUCAGAAGUGUUGGUGCUGUGUGUGCAAAGUCUUUGCCUGCCUGGGUCAGUCCCACCUGCCAGCUAGCCUGUCCGUUCUUAUCCACACCUGGUCACUGUGGGCACCCGCAGGCCCUGAGGCUGCUCUCUCUCUCUCCUCCCGAAUGUCCUGCUCUUUACCCACCAUCUGGGCCCCAUUACAGUGUUUGUCUCCUCCCAGCUGUCCGGUUUCCAUUUCCCCCAAACUUUUAAUUUUUGAAAAUCUCUAGCUACUGGCAGAGUGCAGUUAGGAGCCGGGCACUCAGCCGUCUCUCUGUCACUGGAUUUGUGUGCGUUUUAUCUGACCCACUUUGGGUUCCUCCCUGAAUACCUCGGCAAGCAUCUCCUGACAGGAAUAGGGACAGGUCCCCACAGAGCAUCUGCAGGGUCAUGCCCAGGGCCCAGGUGGGUGGAUCCUGUUAGAUGCGUCUGGUGUGUGGCCUUGCGAUUCCCACCAUUGUUCUCUCUGUGUCCCCAGUUUGCACCUGGGGUCUAGUCAGUGAAGAGACGGGUGUAGUGUUUGCUUGUCACAUCCAUUUUAAUAUAAAACAGUGGUUCUCUACCUGUUGGUCACGACCCCUCUGCGAGGGUCAAGCGACCCUUUCACGGGGUCACCUAAGACCAUCGGAAAGCGUAGAUAACUUACGCUACAAUUCGUAACAGUAGCAAAAUCACAGUUAUGAAGUAGCAACGAAAAUAAUUUGGUGGGUGGGGGCCGCCACAACCAGAAUUGUUUUAAAGGGUUGCAGGAUUAGGAAAGUUAAGAACCACCCAUCUAGAACAAACCCUUAUUGCUUUAUUACCACCGGUUAGCCUUUUGGUGUUGUCUCCCAAGGCUCCGCACAGUGGUGCGUACAGAACCUCUGCCUGGUGCUUCUGCCAGUGGGAUUGGACUGUGUGUCUCUGGAGCGGCUGCCACGGGGUGCUACACGUGCAGGUCACAGGGCUGGCCAAGUCACUGUCCCUGUGGAGACACGAGUACUUCUAGCCCAGAAAUAGCCGUACCGACACUCACGGACGCCCUGUACUCUAGAGACUGAGCAGCUCCCAGCGGGGACUGCAUCCAUUUCUCCUUCUGAGGAAGAAGCAGAGGGAUAUCAGGGUGGUCGAUCAGUCUUCCUGCAGGCACCUGCUCUGAGUCCAGGAUUGCCAUGAGGCCUGAUGCCUCUGGGCGGUAGGCUGUGGCUGUUCCAGGGCCACUCUGUUCUAAGUUGACUUGGUGCUGCUAGGGACCCCGUAGCCUCCCUUCACUCUGAGCUCCUGGUUAGGAGGCCUGAAUAAGAGCUCCACCUAUCCCUGUCUACUGACUGCUGGUUGAACUCCUGUGACUUCCCGAGACCUCAUAGGAUGCCUGGCUGGCCUGAAUUGGGGCAGAGUAUGUCUGAGCUGUUCCUCUUCUGCCAUCCCUGUACCGCUUCGUUUGGAUGACACCCUAGUAGAGGAGUGGCUAUCAAGAGUGGCUGUCUCUAGGGGUUGGUUAUGGUAUGGAGCCUACAACCUCUUUCCUUGUUAAAUGGGACCGUUGUCUGAUGCCAUCUUCUUGGGAAAUCUUUCAAUGUCACACUCAUUACAUCUUCGCUGACAUGCGCAGAGAGGUCUCACCCACUGCCCAGGGCCACCUCCACCCACCCUAGUCCCACCUAAGAUUGGUUGAACAAUGUGGGCAAAGGUCCAUUAUAUUGUAAAUUGUGCCUGGGCCAGCGCUACCUGUUAUCCCCUUGCUGGGAGGCAGGGGUGGACAGAGACUCUGUUCAGUCCCUACCUCUGCCAGUCCAAUUGGCUCAAACUUCUGUAUCCUUCCAGGCUGGGCUUGAGGCUACAGUCUUUGUCUGAGCCUGAGACACUAGGAGAGUUUCCUCCUAUUCUGGGGUGUGGUUUCAGCCUGGGUGCUCCUCCCAGAAGGUGGCUAAAGUGUGGAGUUUGGGGUGGAGUAUCUCCUAGCUGUCCUCAUGCCUUUGGGGUCUCAAUGCUUCUCCUGUUCUCUUGUCUGAGCCUGACUGUUUCACCCCCUGACCCCAUUUUGGCAGCAGGGUUUGUACUUCUGGAAGUCAGGGGGUAUUAUGGGGUGCCGUUUCAUCGUCACAUCAGGAGAUCAUCCUGCCGGGCCGGUGAGCCUCAAGCUUCAGACAUCGCUUCAGACAGCCUAGGGCAUGCCUUCUCCUUAGUAGUCAGUGCCAUCAGAGGAGAGAAUUUGACCUUUUAGAGGAAGUGUGGAAAGCACAAGGCUGUGGAGGGGAGUCAGAAGGGACAGGGACAUGUGUCACUGUCCCCUCACCCUCGGGGCAGGGAGUUUCAGAAGCCUUGCGAUCCCCAAGCCUUUGGCACAAUGUCAGGCGCUGGCCGAGUGCCACAGCAGACAGGUCAUUGCUGACUGAGGUUGCUUUAGCCGCUGAGAGAGUGUUUGGUUAAGAAAGCAUGCUGGGAACUUCUGUCUGCUGAGCCCAAGUGGGCACCUUUGUCUCCAGAGAGCCAAGGUCCACUUACACAGUGCUUGGAGGUGGGAAGAAAGUCCCUUUUUCCCUUGCUGGCCUGCUAUAUUGGCCCAGUGGCUAUGGCAGGUGCUGUAUGUGGGCCUCAGCCCCAGGAGUGGAGGUGAUACUACAUUUAUAGGUAGCCUCAUAUGUGCAAAAUGGAGAGGUAUUUACUGAAACACCAUCAGAGGUUUGGAAUUUGUUCUGGGUUUCUAUACCACCUGCCCAUCUUUGGUGGAGUUGGGGACAGGGGUGGUGGUGGCCCAUAGCCUGUCCCUUCUGGGUUACUGGCUUUUGUAAGUUCAAGAUGAAACCGAGUGAUAGGAGCUGGGGCUUUAAUUCGGGUGACAGAGUAUUUGGCGAGCGCGUAAGAAGUCCUGGGCUCAGUCCCGAGCGUGGACUAAACUGGGUGUGCUGUUGUGUGUACCUUUAAUCCUAGCAUUCAAGAAGUGGAAGUAGGUGGAUUCAAGGUCAUUCCUGGCUGCGUGGUGACGAUGAGGCCAACCUAGGAUACACAAGACCUUGUGGGCACCCUUGCCCCUAGAGUAGUGCCUUAGGAUGGUCUUUGUGAGAAGAGAAGGGGUGUCUGUGCCAGAUUGAGGAGCGAGCGCUGCAGGAAACUUGGGGGGAGGUUCUCCCUUUGAGUGCUCUCUGACGGCCUCUCAUACCCUUGCCACUUCCUUUGUGUGGCAGAACUCAUGGGAGCCGGGCCAGAGUACCUGCCCAGCUGGCUGAUAGCCCUGGGUACCUUCUCCUGAUGAUUAGGGCCUAAGCCCCAGGUGAGAUAUUGGCUAAGGCCCUGAUCCAGCAUCCUGCUGGAGUCUCCCCCUUUUCCUCCCAGUGACUGCUUGCACCUCUGUGUCUACUGCCCCCCCUCUUCCCCAGCUCUGUCUCCUUUAGCCCCAGGAAGAGCCUGUAAGGUUCACUUCUGGCCUGUCUGAAAUGGCCUGUCAGCCUCUGUAAAUAUUUGAUGACCGCAGUGAUAGAAAGACAAAGACCUACUCUGUUCCCUGCCGGGGAGUGAGAUGGUGACAUUGGAACGUUCCAGCCUCUCUGGCUGCUUCCCUGAUGGCUUGUGGAUGGUUUUCAGGCAGGUUCUUUGUGUCUAUUCAACCCGGGCCAGAGCAGAGCCCCUCUGCCUGCCAGGGAGAACAGUGGCAGCUGCCAGCUUCCCACCUGGAGUGCUUACUGGGUGGUGAGGGGCUGGGCCUGGCUUAGGGUCUCAUCCUUCGGACUUCCUAACCUUGGCCACUGGGCCAGGUUUAGGAAGAAGUACUGACCGGAGUACAGCACAGGCUCUCGGCCAUAUGCAGGUCCUGGUGCUUUGCUCCGUGGCUUGUUUGGGUCUCCUGUAUGGCUGUGAGCGUAGACAACCCUGCUGGGUCACAUGUGUCCCCUUGCAUGUAUAUAUCCUCUGCUUAGCUUGCUUGGGAACAGUCUUGCCCUUGGGGUGCUUCUGUAGGAAUGAGGAGCUCUUUGAGGAAGCUUUAUGGAGGGGCCACCUGUCCCUUGGGCCCAGGGAAUACUAUGACUUUAGGAGGAGCAGGAACUACUUGGGGGCCCUGGGGCUCUGCUAUGGAGGGUGAACAUUUGCACGGCUGAUGACCUUUAGACAAAGGCCUUUGCAUGUUUUCUCUCAUGUGCGGGUGGGGCCAUGGCAGGCUUCCUGGUGGAGACCGAAUCACGAGGGUCAAAGCCAUGAUUGUGAGUGGUCACUGCAGCCCACAUGCCCUGCUGGCUUAGCAGGAAGGCUUUCUGGGGUUUGGGGAACAUCAAGAUGCAUGCACGGUGUUCUUGGCAAACACUCACAGUUGGGAGGGGGUGCUGCAGUUCUACAGGCUCAGUGGUGUUGGGGCUCAUGGUGGGGACAGCUCUGGGCUGGUCUGCCUUUGUGGGGUUCCUGUGGGGACUGUGCCCUUGUCACCAAGGACUAUGCUGAUGGCAUUUGUCAGAUGUGCAGGCUGGUGUUCAUAUGGCAACUGUCAGGGCCAUAUCCUGGAGCAUAGCACUAGUGUGGAGGCUGAGGCUUGAGUCUCUCCAAGCCUGGUCAUAGGGCAUCAGUACCCCUGACGGACAGGCGGAUACAGGGCUUCCGUCUGACUUAGAUGGGAAGCCUAGAGGUGUCCUUUGAGGACUCAGGGUGCCACAUAAAUUUAUGGGAAGUCCUGUUUGCCCAGCUCUAGGGGCCUGGCACAGGGAAGACACAAGAGCAAGGCAACCUUCCAAGAAGGCAGGCACCUUCCCUGAGCCUCGGACCUGAGUGUGGCAGAGAAGAGGACAAUGGCUUGUGGUGUGUGCUCUAUGACAUGGGUUGGGAGGCUUUGUCUCCUGUUCUAACAGGGCACCACAUCAGGCCCAGAGAGCACCACCAGGAGGGCAUGGUAUACGUCGGGUAUGUCUGGCCAGUGUGGCAGGGCUGCAGGGCUAAGGUGGGCUUAGCCUACUGUCCCCGGUUCUCUCAGGGCUACAGAGCUGUGUCCUGCCUUAGGCUGAGGUCUACUCAGAGCAGGUCAGGACAGGUUAGACCAGGCUUGGUGGGUAGGGGAACAGGGCCUUCUGAGGGAAGCCUGACCUGAAGUGUGAUGACAGGUCAUUGUCCUGGUCCCUCAUCCCCAGAUCCUGUCUCCCUCCUGCACUUGGCCAUCAGAUACAGUGCUGAGAAAUUCCCUGUAGCUCCAUUAGCGGGUCAUUUAUAGCAGUGUCUAGGGAAUAGGUAGGAGCUGUGGCUGAGGGGGGUCUGUGGGAACCACCAUUUCCAGGGACGGGGUGUCUCAGUAUGUUGUAUAGGCUGUACCUUUCGGUCUCACUGGGGCUCAGGGGGAGGGGCAGCUGUGAUGAAGACGGGGUGGACUCAACCCCAUGUCAGAAGACCUAAUGACUGUGAUGGACUAAGGCUAUCAUUUGGGUUCUGCCUAGAAUAGGACUGUUGUCACUUGGAGAGACUGCCUGAGGGCUAGCCUUCUCUACCCCCUAUUCUCCAGCUUCCAUUCCAUUUAGUGUCCUCUCUGGCCGCUCAGGCUAUGGAAUCCAGGGCUCUCCCACUGACUCUCAACCAUCCUGGCUGUCCCUCUCUUUCCCUAACUGCUCUGGCCAGCCCUUCUCCGUCCCUCUGUAGUCUCCUCUCUGUUCCUCUGGCCCUCCCUGCGGCCUGUCUGGAGCCUGGUCUCCAUAGCAACAGUUGCUGCUGUGGAAGCUGGCGCCCGCUGAGUCUCAUCCCGUGGGGAGGUAUUUUUGGCACUGCUGAGGGAUUUUAUUUUAUCUUCGGUGUUGACUUUUGGUGGCACAGAGCUGGGGCAGUACUGGAGAGGCUUUGACUCGGGGACACCUGGUCCUCAGGCCCUUUCCUGGCACCUGUGAAGUCCUGGCUCCAAGGCUGAUAUGGGUUUAUUUUGGAGAGCAGGUCUUAGGCCACAGAUUAGCCAGAGGAGCUGGGCAACACUAGAAAUGGAUGCAUAUUGGUGAACAGGAGUACCGAGUGAUUCUGAGCCCUGGAGUGACAGCAGCCUUGGCUGAGUGGUAUUGGGGUCACGGUGGGGACAGCUCAUGGUAGGACCCAUGAGGACACAGUGCUGCAAAGAAUGACAUUCUUCAUGGAAGGCUGGUCUCAGAGCUGCUCUGAUGCCUCUCUACUCUUUGGCAGGCCCCCGUGGUUGGCAUGAUCUAUAUGGUGGUGGUUUUUGUCCCCUACCAAGAGGUCAUUUCUGCAAGUCAGGGCUGCUACGUUGAGAUCGUGGAAUUGGGAGUUUAGACCAAGAAGAGAAUAAUGUCAUGUGAUACCUUUGAGCCACCAGCAAGUGACUGUGUGUGGGCCAAGGGACCUGGAGGUCCAGGGCAAGGCAGCACCAGAUUGGUUCCUUUCCUCCUUCGAGGCGUUAGUGACAUGGGCUGCCCAGCUCUGACUCUUGGUGUGCCAUGAGAUUGAUGGUCUUGCGGCUGAUAGGGAUAGUCGAGGCGUGUCCCACAAGGUACUGGGUGGUUGCAAGCCUGCCCACCCUGAGAAGUGGUCCCUAUCAUGGUCCUGUGCUGCUAUGCCCUGUGGGUGAGCGCCUGGCUGGAAGACAGACAAAAAGGACCAUGCCUCCUGGAGAGAGAUGAAGAGUUCCUACUAGGGCUUCACUUUGCCUUCCUCUCCCUCUUCUCCCUGGGAGAUGUAUAUGACGUCAGCUGACUGUUGCAGAAGCCGGGGAGGAAAGAACUGUGCAUCCCAGGGUAGGAAUGUGGGAGGGGGCUGUAGUGAGCUGUGUUGUAGCUGUCAGACCUAGGAAAGAUGAGGUACCUCUUAGGCCUCUUUAUCUCUUCUGCUAGAAUGGAGUCCACAGAGUCGAUCAUAGUGCCAACUCAGUCUUUGCCAGACCCUCCCUAGACCUGAGAGGUUCUCCAUAUGUGGAGAGCCUAGCCACACGGGGAACUGAGGGCCCGGGGAAGUGAGGAACUACUACUGAGGGCAGCAUCAAUCAGAUGAGAAAAUGCAAGUGCCUCUGCUUACAGAGUGGUGGGUUCAGCCUGUCUCUGCCUGCCGUUCCUCCGUUCCUCCAUAGGGAAGGGAUCCUCAGCUGAGCACCCUCAGGGGGCCAUGUCUCCUGCCUUUCCCACCCCAGUCAGGGUGAAGCAGGUGUUCAGCCUAUGCUCCUGGCUGGUGAGGCCAGCCCCUCCUUUCCAGCCCCUCCAGGAGUAUCCUGGCAGGUGGCGGAAACUUAGGGACAGGCAGUCACGCUUCACAGAAAUGGCAAUUCUCUCUCCAGUGAGUCUAUCGGUGCAAACCCGAAGCCAUUUAUAGAGCAGAUGCCGAAGGGAGCACUUGAGGAAUUAAACUCCAUGGUAACCUUGCUGUGGAAAUGAAAAUAGUCUCGCUGUAAACAGUCCGCUGCUGCCUGGGUCAUGGCCCCGGGUCCGCUGGAGGACGCUUGCUCUCCAUGCUCACCAGCGGCUGUCUUAGCUUUCACUAAGCUCUGCAGAUGGUAGAGAAUCGGGGAGCCGUGAGGGAGGAGCCUCCUGCAUUCAGGGAAGCUCAGCGGUGGCUUCAGUUUUAUGUGUGAAGCCUGCAUUGCACCUUCAUGCCUGCUCCCUGCCUCCCCAUCGAGGGACAUCGUGAGGGUCCCACGACCCCCUUUCAGUUCUCUGCUGGGUCCUCCUGGGUAUCUGGUUCCUUCUGCUACUUGUAACACUGCAGGGACAGUUCCCAGGCAAGACACAGAACAGCAUGGUGCCUGACAGCUUCUUCCCUCAUGAGCCUGGAGCUGAUGGUCCCAGGACCGGAAGCUCACCAAACUCGAACGGCAGCGGUUCAAAGAGGAGGCAGAGAUGCUGAAAGGUCUACAGCACCCCAACAUUGUGCGCUUCUAUGACUUCUGGGAGUCCAGUGCCAAGGGCAAACGAUGUAUUGUGCUGGUGACGGAGCUGAUGACCUCAGGGACAUUGAAGACGUACCUGAAGCGGUUCAAGGUGAUGAAGCCCAAGGUACUGAGAAGCUGGUGCCGGCAGAUCCUGAAGGGCCUGUUGUUUCUGCACACAAGGACUCCCCCCAUCAUCCACCGAGACCUCAAGUGUGACAACAUCUUCAUCACCGGGCCCACCGGCUCCGUGAAGAUUGGCGACUUGGGUCUGGCCACCCUGAAAAGAGCAUCUUUUGCCAAAAGUGUAAUAGGUACCCCCGAGUUCAUGGCACCCGAAAUGUACGAGGAGCAUUACGACGAGUCGGUUGAUGUCUACGCUUUCGGGAUGUGCAUGCUGGAGAUGGCCACCUCAGAGUAUCCCUAUUCGGAGUGCCAGAACGCCGCCCAGAUCUAUCGCAAGGUCACCUGUGGCAUCAAGCCGGCCAGCUUUGAGAAGGUGCAUGAUCCUGAGAUCAAGGAGAUCAUCGGAGAGUGCAUCUGCAAGAACAAAGAGGAGAGGUACGAGAUUAAGGACCUGCUGAGCCACGCCUUCUUCGCGGAAGACACGGGCGUCCGGGUGGAACUUGCAGAGGAGGACCAUGGCAGGAAGUCUACCAUAGCCCUGCGGCUUUGGGUAGAAGACCCCAAGAAGCUGAAGGGCAAGCCCAAAGACAAUGGAGCGAUAGAGUUUACCUUUGACCUGGAGAAGGAGACCCCCGACGAGGUGGCCCAAGAAAUGAUUGAUUCCGGAUUUUUCCAUGAGAGUGAUGUGAAGAUUGUGGCCAAGUCCAUCCGGGACCGGGUAGCACUCAUUCAAUGGCGUCGUGAGAGGAUCUGGCCUGCACUGCAGUCUCAGGAGCCAAAGGACACAGGCAGCCCUGACAAGGCCAGGGGUCUGCCAGCACCCCUGCAGGUCCAGGUGACCUACCAUGCACAGAGCGGGCAGCCUGGACAGCCAGAACCUGAGGAGCCUGAGGCGGACCAGCAUCUCCUGCCCCCUACCUUGCCAGCUAGCGUUACCUCCUUAGCCUCGGACAGCACCUUUGACAGUGGCCAGGGCUCUACCGUGUACUCGGACUCCCAGAGCAGCCAGCAUAGCAUGGUGCUCAGCUCCCUCGUGGACACAGCUCCAACCCCAGCCUCGUGCGUAUGCAGCCCCCCUGUGAGUGAGGGGCCCGGCUUGACACACAGCCUGCCUAAACUAGGGGCCUUCCAGCAGCCAGCCGCUGUGCCUGGCCUAUCAGUGGGCCCUGUGCCACCCCCUGCCCGCCCUCCACUCCUCCAGCAGCAUUUUCCAGAGCCUUCCAUGAGCUUCACCCCUGUGCUGCCACCACCCAGCACCCCUGUGCCCACGGGCCCAAGCCAGCCAGCACCCCCAGUUCAGCAGCCUCUUCCAAUGGCCCAGCCACCUACCCUGCCGCAGGUCCUGGCCCCACAGCCCAUGGGCACUGUCCAGCCAGUGCCCUCUCAUUUGCCUCCAUACCUGGCUCCAACCUCCCAGGUAGUGGCCCCUGCUCAGCUGAAGCCUCUCCAGAUGCCACAGCCACCUCUACAACCUCUUGCUCAAGUCCCUCCGCAGAUGCCUCAAAUGCCUGUGGUUCCCCCCAUCACUCCCUUAGCAGGACUCGACGGCCUCCCUCAGACCCUCGCUGACCUGCCGGCUGCAAACGUGGCCCCUGUGCCGCCACCUCAGUAUUUCUCACCUGCUGUGAUCUUGCCAAGCCUCACAACGCCCCUGCCCACAUCACCGGCCCUGCCUCUGCAGGCUGUCAAGCUGCCUCACCCCCCUGGGGCACCCCUGGCUGUGCCCUGUCAGACCAUCGUGCCAAACGCACCAGCUGCUAUCCCCCUCUUGGCCGUGGCCCCGCAGGGUGUGGCCGCACUGUCCAUCCAUCCAGCAGUGGCCCAGAUCCCAGCCCAGAUCCCAGCCCAGCCUGUGUACCCAGCAGCCUUCCCAGGAAUGGUACCUGGAGACGUCCCUCCCUCACCCCACCACACAGUGCAGAGCUUACGGGCCACCCCUCCACAGCUGGCCUCGUCUGUGCCUCCUCAGUCUGUCCAGCCCAGUGUCGUUCAUCUACCUGAGCAGGCUGCUCCAUCUGCUGCCUCAGGGACCCAGGUCCUGCUGGGCCACCCUCCUUCGUACACCACGGAUGUUGCUGCUCCAGUCUCUGCUGUGUCCCUGCCGCCUGCUGUCCUUUCCCCUCCUCUGCCAGAUACUCUGCUGCCUACUGUCCCUGAGCUCCUGCCCAAGCUCCCCAGCUCUCUGGCCCCUACGGUGGUCGCAGCUUCUCAGAGUGUGCCCACACAGACCUCUACACUCCUCCCACCAACAAACCCACCUCUGCCCACUGGGCCUGCAGUCGCUGGCCCCUGCCCUGCUGUCCAGCUGACGGUGGAAGCAGCUCAAGAGGAGCAGGUCUCACAAGACAAACCCCCGGGCCCCCCACAGAGCUGUGAGAGCUUGGGAGGUUCUGAUGUCACCUCUGGAAGAGAUCUGAGUGACAACUGUGAAGGCACCUUUGGAACGGGCAGGCUGGAGGGAAGGGCUGCCCGGAAACACCACCGUAGGUCCACUCGUGCACGCUCCCGGCAGGAGAGGGCCAGCCGGCCCCGGCUCACUAUCCUGAAUGUGUGUAACACGGGGGACAAGAUGGUGGAGUGUCAGCUGGAGACGCAUAACCACAAGAUGGUGACCUUCAAGUUUGACCUCGAUGGGGACGCUCCAGAUGAGAUUGCCACAUACAUGGUAGAGCAUGACUUCAUCCUGCCCGCUGAGCGAGAGACGUUUAUCGAGCAGAUGAAGGACGUCAUGGACAAGGCAGAAGAUAUGCUCAGUGAGGACACGGAUGCUGAUCAUGGCUCUGAUACAGGGACCAGCCCUCCACACCUGGGUACCUGUGGUCUGACCACGGGGGAGGAGAAUGGACAGUCCCAAGCCAAUGCCCCUGUCUAUCAGCAGAAUGUCUUGCACACGGGGAAGAGGUGGUUUAUCAUCUGUCCAGUGGCUGAGCACCCAGCAGCAGACACUUCUGAGUCAUCACCCCCACUUCCUCUAAGCUCUUUGCAGCCAGAAGCCAGCCAAGACCCAGCACCCUAUCCAGACCAGCUGUCCUUGACGGACAAACCCAGUUUCCCAGCUGCUCAGCAGCUCCUGAGCCAGGCAGGCUCCAGCAACCCUCCUGGUGGAGCAUCAGCCCCCACGGCCCCAUCUUCCCCUCCUGUGACUUCUGUAAUGCCCGCAGCACCAGCCACCAGCACCGUGCCAGAGUCAGCAGCAGGGACUGCCAUGCAGGCAGGAGGUCCAGGGACUCAUCAAGGACCAGCCAGUGUUCAUGAGACCCUCCACCCACUGGCCGAGACACAUCGUGCCCAGGGUGCUGCCCAGCCCCUUAGCACUGGCCAAGGACCUUGCACUCCAGCUCUGGAGGCCUCUCACUGCUCCACAGGUCUGGGAGAGCCCAUCUCAACCAAGGAGGUCAGCACUCAAGGAGGGACCCUGUCUGCUUCAAUGCCAGAGCCCAGCCCUCCCACUGGGGCUGUACAAUCUGUACCGAGUCAGCCACCACCCCCACUGCCCAUCACAGUGGGGACUAUAGGUCUGGCAGCUCCCCAGCUUCCCAGUCCCCCUCUGGGGCCUACUGCUCCCCCACCACCACCCUCAGCCUUGGAAUCUGAUGGGGAAGGGCCACCCCCUAGGGUGGGCUUCGUGGACAACACCAUCAAGAGUCUGGAUGAGAAACUGCGGACUCUGCUCUACCAGGAGCAUGUGCCCACCUCCUCAGCCUCGGCUGGGACCCCCUUGGAGGCAAACGACAGAGACUUCACCCUGGAGCCCCUUCGAGGAGACCUCCCCUCGGCCUUGAGUGACAAGACCCCAAGCCUCACCCAGCAGAGCCAGCCCUCAUUGGAAAAGUCAGAAACGGCUCCUGCAGGGUGGGCCCUGGCCCCGCGGGAACAGGGUGCGUCCUCUUCAAUGACAGCAGAGUCCUCUUCCAGCAACACACUGGGCUGUGACAGUGACACAGGGCAGGUGGCCUCGGACUCCCCCACAGCACCCAGUGUCCCCCAGGAUACCUCCGUUUCUUCCGUCCCUACGCACAUGGAUCCCAAAGAUCAGAAUGGUAGUGCUCCCAGAGAAACCUUGGUAGCACCCAUGCAGAGUUGCCCAGGGACCUUCACAGAGGGCAGCCCAGCCCAGCUGCGUGGCGUCCGGGACUCCGGGUCCCCCCAUAAGCGGCCAGGGCAGCAGGACAGCAGUUCUCCAGCCAAAACUGUGGGCCGCUUCUCCGUGGUCAGCACACAAGACGAGUGGACUCUGGCGUCACCUCACAGCCUGCGGUACUCCGCCCCACCUGAUGUCUACCUGGAUGAGAUCCCCUCUAGCCCUGAGGUGAAGCUGGCAGUUCGUCGAGUACAGACAGCCUCCUCCAUCGAGGUUGGCGUUGAGGAGCCUGCCUCCAGUGACUCUGGGGAUGAAUGCCCAAGAAGGAGGACCCAGGUGCAGAAGCAGUCCUCCCUGCCGGGGAGCGGUGGCGUGGCAAGUGACUUUGUGAAGAAGGCCACUGCCUUCCUGCACAGGUCAUCAAGGGCUGGCUCGCUGGGCCCUGAGACACCCAGCAGGGCAGGUGUGAAGGUCCCUACCAUCAGUAUCACCUCCUUCCACUCCCAGUCAUCCUACAUCAGCAGUGACAACGACUCGGAGUUUGAGGACGCAGACAUAAAGAAGGAACUGCGCAGCCUGCGGGAAAAGCACCUGAAGGAAAUCUCUGAGCUACAGAGCCAGCAGAAACAGGAGAUUGAAGCCCUGUACAGACGCUUGGGCAAGCCGCUCCCUCCCAAUGUGGGGUUCUUCCACACCGCACCCCCUAUGGGCCGCAGGAGAAAAACCAGCAAGAGCAAAUUGAAGGCGGGCAAGCUGCUGAAUCCCCUGGUGCAACAGCUCAAGGUCGUGGCCUCCAGCACAGGUCAUUUGUCUGACUCCAGCAGAGGCCCUCCCACUAAGGACCCUGCCCACGCCAGCACGCCCCCGGGCACCAAGGCAGUUCAGACUCAGCAGCCCUGCUCCGUUCGGGCCUCCCUGUCCACAGACAUCUGCUCCGGUUUAGCCAGUGAUGGAGGCGGAGCGCGUGGCCAAGGCUGGACGGUUUACCACCCAACGUCUGAGAGAGGGGCCUAUAAGUCUAGUAGCAAGCCUCGUGCUCGAUUCCUCAGUGGACCCGUAUCUGUGUCCAUCUGGUCAGCCCUGAAGCGUCUCUGCCUAGGCAAAGAACACAGCAGUAGGUCUUCCACCAGCAGCCUGGCCCCAGGCCCUGAGCCAGGUCCCCAGCCCACCCUGCACGUCCAGGCGCAGGUGAACAACAGCAACAACAAGAAGGGCACCUUCACGGAUGAUCUGCACAAGCUGGUGGAUGAGUGGACAACGAAGACAGUGGGGGCGGCCCAAGUGAAGCCCACGCUCAACCAGCUGAAGCAGACGCAGAAGCUGCAUGACAUGGAGGCCUCUGGAGAGGCUCGGGCUACAUCUGUGCCUCGAGGAGGAGUGGCAACAUCGUGUCUGGCCCCAGCACCUGGCCCUCUGUCCAGCACAGCCAUUCCUGGAGUCACCCCAGCCCUGCCUGUGCCCACACCAGGUACUGUCCACUCCAGCCUCUUGGGCCCUCCUUGUGCACUGCCUCUGUGUCAGUAUGGAGGCCUGUUCCCUGUUCCUGUGUCCUGGGGACCCUGGGUGGCCUCAGGGAACCCAGAGGAGUCUUGGAGCAGUCAGAGCCCCACUCAGGUCCCCGUGCUUCCAGUGUUUCUACGGCCACCUGUUAUCAGCACUCCAGGUCCCCGGCUGCACAUUACGUAGCCCCCUGCCCUGCCCCUGGCCAAGUGGAACGCUCUGAAGCGUGUGGAAGAACCCAGUUGUGGUUUGGCCUCCUCCUGGCUCUUCCACAUGGGCGCAAGGCACAGAGCCCCAGCCCAGGGGGCCAUGAGAGGGCAGCAAGACACUUUCCCUGUUGCCUCAGACCCCAUUACCCUUAGGUUCCUGCAGUCUACACAGGCAGUCCUCACUCACACCCACGGCCUGUCCUUGUGAGAGGGUUAGAACCCGGUCAUCCCCCUGCAGCAGCUCAGUGCCUUGAAUCCCAGCUUUUCUGUUUCCUGAUGGAAAUGCAUACCUAAAAAGGCCAUUGAUCCUCGAGAGUGGGUUUCAUUGCAGUUGAUGUGCGUGUUGCUGUCUCCACUGUGUUACGUUGCCGAGGCGGGAAUGGGGUACAAGUGUGCGUCAGAUAGCUAGUUAAGCGUGUGAAAAGCCUUCUUAAACAGAAACAGGGGAACACUGACAAUGUGACCUGCAAAUGCAGGCUCCGCUCAGCCCUUGAUGGAGUGAGGUCACCCUGGGUAUCUUCAGUAACAGAGCCACAGGGUUCACCUGAAGUCGUUCUCCCUGUGAGGAGUGUCACCAGCUUUGUCGAGCCGUGAGGACCCUGCCAGGCGAAUGUCCUGAUAGCCCUUGUAAGCACCAUACAGACAAACCCCACCAUCCAGCUCAGGGGUCCCACUCACUUUCUUCCCUUUCCAUGGUUUUCACAGAGGCCUGUGUUCUGCCCACCCCACCCUGCAAAUUCCUCUCCAGGCCAUGGUAGGCCAGCCUACUGAGGGGCGGAACAAUUCUGGAGGUUUCCAUGACACUGGUCUGGGGGUGGGGAUGGGAGAUGGAAGUCCCCUCUGGGUGAAUAUUUUCUGCCUCCAGUUAGAGGGUGGGCUGCUUGAGGUGACAACCCCCAACUCUGCUCUGAACUGUUCAGAUCAGCCAUACCCAGGAGAACCAGCUAAAUUAUUUUGGUUUAAAUACACGAUAUUCCAUCAAUUCAUUAGAAUUGAAUUUUCAGGGGACUGUGCAAAGGCUUCUACCUGGCCACCAUGCUGCAAUAAGAGAUUUAUGUCCUCUGUGUCUGGUCUGAACACCACCCAGGCCCACUUAGUAAAGCGGAGCCUGGGUCAUCUUGCUCCUCUUGUGCCCAAGUCCUCUCCUACUCUGACUAUGCUAGUGGCAUGGGAUCCCCAAGAGUCUGUAUGCGUGAAGGAGAAAAAAAUAAAUGUUUGCUUGAAAAUACUGUGAAACGGCAGCUUUUUUCUUGCCCUCUCUUCACAUCAAAGCCAGGCUGACUGGUCUCGUAGAAGAUAGUUAUGGGUGGCCCAGGUGGGCCUGGCCUGGCCUCUGCUUGGAGCCACUAGCCAUGUGUCCUGUACCCCAGAGGACAGAGCUCAUAGACCUGGGAGAUGAGAACCAAGCCUCUGGUGGGGUUGCCGGUUGCUUGGCACUGGUACUGCUGUGUGGCCCGGAGCCCCUGUCACCAGGAUGUUAGCCUGGUGUUGCAGCCUACCCCGCAGUCUGUUGGCUAGUCCGCAAGCCACUGUGCCUGGGCAGGCAUUGCUUUCAAAAGUGCAGGUGGAAAGGGUAAACCUCACAGAUGGCAGCCUGCAUUUCCGAUCUCGUUAGAACUGGCACUGGGUCAUAGGAACUCCUGGUCUCUCCUCCCUCAUGGUUGCUGGGGCUUCUCUUUCAGGCGCUUGAGCUUGUUAACUAGAGUUGGGCAAGGGCCAGCCUAGCUCAUAUGAGAGGCACUGGCCUUCCUGAGAAGCCUAGAACACUCUGAAAGAUGCCGGUUUAGGGAAAGGCCCUGCCUUGUGGUUCGGCAAACCCUUCGGGGGACUGCCUUGUUUGUGUGCACUGUAGAUCUGGUCCGGACAACAUGAGACUCAUCCUGUCAGAGGUGCUGUCUCAAGAUCUAGCCCCAGGCCUGCUGCUUCUGUUCGAACCCCUGCACCUGUACCACUGUGCCUCCCUUAUCUUGGCACUGGCGCUAAGCAGAAGCAGAAAUUGAGUGUCACUGUUUUCUCCCAGGGCUCCGAGGCCAGCUUAAUCCAGAAUGGUCCAGUGGAACAGGGGAGAGGCCUUGUCUUUCUGAGCUUACACGGUCAUUGCCGAGUGUCUGGCUAUUCUUAGAAGAUAUCCAGGUGGCAGUCAGCCCAGUUCUGUGCAGAGAACAGGGCUGUCUGUACAGUGCACAGCCACCUACUGGCAUGGCUCUGUCCCUACUCUUCUUCCUUUGCUUUAGAAGUUCCUGGGAAAUGGGCCAGGUGCCUAGGCAGGGCUGUGUGCAUAGGUACCAGGGUCCAGCCUUCGGUGAGAGCCAGUGCCUCAGAGGUCAGUAGUGAGCUGUGGCCGUUUUGUUUUCUAGAUCCUGAGAGUGAAAAGCCCGACUGAGCCGGCCCGUACACCAGGCCUACACUGCAUCAUCCAGGCGAAGAAGCAGCAGAGCCCAGGGCGGCCACCCCUCUAGUCCAUUCACGCUGUUUUGUAACCACUUUCUAACCAUUUUUUUAUUCACAAUUGGAAACACAAAUGUAAUGCAAGAAUAAAACAUAUUUUGGGGGAGACAGGACUUUG